UAGUGACGUGUAGACGAACAAUAGCAUCCAAUGUUUACCAACUUUGAUAGCGGCUUAUCUUAUCUUAUUAGUUCGGGUUUAAAACUGUGGUCACUGAUAAGGCCUUCAGAUUACAGUGACAUUUCGGCGGAGUGAAGCGCAGCUGCUGUGGCGGCCGGUCUAGCGUAAGGAUGGCUGCAGCGGCGGCGGCGGCGGGGGGAGUGAGUGAGCACGACAGGAGGGAGCUGGUGAAGGCCUUGAGGGAUGGCGAAGCCGACGAAGCGAGCGCCAUCCUCGAGCGCCGCCCGAACCUAGCGACAACACUCACGCCGCAGCCCCUGGUGCACCUGGCCGUGACUGCGCCCGCCAACGCCCCGAGGCUGCUCGGCCUGUUGUUGGACGCGGGGGCUCCGGCGGAGGCGACCAAUGCGCGAGGACUAACAGCCCUGCAUGUGGCGGCUCUGCGCGGCAUCAGCCCUUGUGUGCGCAGGUUGCUGUCCGCAGGAGCUGACGUUAAUUACCAGGACAGUGAUGGGCGGAUCCCCUUGUUCUACGCCGCCCGCAGCCGCCGGGACACCGCGAGAAGGUGCCUGCAGAUGCUCCUGGAGGCCGGCUCUUCGCUGGAUGUUCCUGACACUUACGGCGCGACGCCCCUCCACGCUGCUGUUGAGUCUGGCAAUGUGGCAGCCGUGGAGGCGCUGCUGAGGGCGGGAGCUAAUCACGCCUGCAAGGACGCAGAGGGCUGCACGCCCCUCCAUUCAGCAAGCUCCUCCCUUAUGGCUGAGACUCUCCUUGCGGCCGGUGCGGACGUUACUUUUCCAGAUAACUGCAAUAAGUCCUCUUUAGAUAAAGCCAUAAGAUACAAAUCCUCCAUCGCGCACACAAUGCUGGGCGCGGGGUUGGCUGUCCAGGGCGACCUGCAGGACAGUGACCUGCGCGUGUACUUCCACCUGAACCUCGCGGGCGGCGGCGCGCGCGGGGAGGCAAGUUUGCUCAACACGAUGGUCACCCACGGCCAGACCCAACUUCUAAAACACCCGCUUUGCGAAGCUUUCCUGCACCUCAAGUGGCUUAUUGUGUCUCCUCUUUUUUAUAUGAAACUAGCAAUUUACGUGUGUUUGGUAACCUCCCUUACAGGAGACGUGUGUCUCAGGUCGAUCCUUCCAACCCCAGGAAAUACCAGCCUACCUCAAGGCGCGAAGAGUGCCGGCAUGGACACGGAUGUGGUGCUGCUCCUAGCAACCAUCUGCCAGUCGAUUGCAGCCACCCUGCUGGUGCUGGUGGCGCUGAGGGGCGUCCUGUUGAUGAUCAUUCUGAAGACCCUGCACUGGCGGAGGCUGGAGAAGUGGGUCGAGCUGAUCUUCUGCGCCUGCUCAGUGCUGCUCCUGGUGAUGGAGGGUCCGCUUCGGCCCUGGGAGCGCCACGUGGCCGUGUUUUCCCUUAUGCUGGGCUGGUUCCAAAUCACGGUGCUCAUCGGCCACAUCCCUGCGGUGGGCAUCUACGUGCAGAUGUUUCAGGCAGUGUCGCUCCGGAUGCUGGUGUUCGCGGGGAUCUUUUCGUCUCUGUUCGUCGGCUUCGCGGUCUCCUUCCACCUGCUGUUCGAGGCGCGGGUGUUCGAGCACGUGACAACGGCGCACCUCAAGACCCUGGCCAUGAUGGUGGGCGAGCUGGACUUCGCCGACAUCCUGGGCCCCGAGGCGCCCGACGCGCUGCCCGGCACCGCCCAGGUGAUGUACGUGGUGUUCGUGAUGGCGAUGACGGUGGUGGCGACCAACCUGAUGGUGGGGCUGGCGGUGCAGGACAUCCAGGAACUCCAGAAGGAGGCCGGCGUCCGUCGCCUGGCGCUGACGGUGGAGCAGGAGGAGGCGGUGGACCGAGUGCUGCGGUCGGCGCUGCUGAGCUCCCUCUUGCCCGCCGCCGUCGCCUCGUGGCUGCGCAGGAGGUUCUCUCUGCUCUUCCACCUGCCGCCGCGGCAGCUGCUCUUUCACACGCCAGGAUAUCACGUGAAAAAUCUGCUGGGUUCUGAGUGGAGCGGACCGGCAAACAAGUACAACAUCUUCAUUUGUCCGAACGACCGCUUUAACCCCGGCCAGGUAUACUGCAGCAUGAAGACCAACAUGCUGGUGCCGACGGGGUACUUUCUGCCAUCAUGGGUCCUCAAGAACACGAGAAACCUGCUCGAAACUUGUGGCUUCGCAGAGCAUAACAAAGAAAAUGACAUCACUGAAGACGAUCAAGACGAAUAUAACGUUAAGAAAGAACCUAUAAGUCUGGAAGCACUUCAAGAGCAGAUGAGUGAUCUGCAGGGGUCCGUUCGCCACAUAACUCAAAUGUUACAAAAAAUUUCUGAUGGAAUAUAGCAAUACAAUGUA